AUAAUGAGUGAUUAAGAUCCAGAAUAAUACUAUGAUGAGUAAGAAGAAGAAGACAUGGAAGAUUAUGAUUAAGAAGUUGAUUUUGAAAACAUGACAGAAGAACAAAAAUAAUAAUAUCUAGCAAUGCAUGGUAAUUAACAGUUAUCAAAAUAUAGAUUAAAAUUAUUAAGAAGAAGAAGAAGAAGAAGAUGAAGAAGGUAAUUAAAUGGAAGAGGAUGAAUAGCAAUAUAAUCAAGUAUAAAGAAAUUAAGGAUUGGGAAGUUCAUCCUAAUUUUAAUAAGAUAAUGGUGAAGAAUCUAGACAUAGUCCUGGAAGAAGAGAGCAAAAUGAUGAAUAUGAUUAAGAUGAAAUAUUAAGAAAAGUAAAAAGAGAUCUAUUAGACAAUGUUAAUCGAGUUAGGAAAGAUAAGAAACUAAAUCCAUUAUAUAUUGAAUUGAUGCCCGCAAUAGUAGCAGAAAGAUUUGCAUCUUAUUUACUUGAUGAUAAUGAUGGUGAACUUGAUGAUAAAAAUCAGAAAAAUGAAUAUAAGAAACUGUAUUUUUAAUUUAAUUUAAAUAGAAUCGAUUUUUAUAAGUAUAAUGAAAAAAAAUUAGAUGACCUUAAAAUAAUAUAGAUAGUCUCUAAAUUUGAAGAAGAUGUUGUUCCUGAUGCCUAAGUUAUUUAUGACUAUUUUAUGGAAAUGGGUUAUCUAUUUUUUGAAGUAGAAGAUGAUAGAAAAACAUUACUCUCUAAUGAAAUGAAUCAUAUUGCUAUUGGUGUAGCUUGUGAUGAUAAUUAAAUUGCUAUUGUUUAUCUAGUCAGUCAUAAAGAUUUAUGUGUUACUAAAAUAGAAGAUAGCAAUGAUGGAUCUAUAUUAGUUCAUGGAAAGAUGCUUGAGGAUUUAGUUGGUGUUUAUGCAUUAUAGAUUCUACCUUUUAACAAUGAUAAUGCAAAAGUACCUGAUAAAAAUGAAAAUAAUAAAAUAGGACCAGAACAUAUUGAAUUUGAUAGAUAAACUAAAUGUUUCAUUGCUAAAAUUGGAAAUUAAGGAUAACCAUGCACCUAUGAUAUUAGAUAAUAUAUUGAUUUAUAUACCAGAAAUACACCAGAGUCUAUUCCUUAUAAAAAAAGCACAAGAGAAAAAUUGAAUUUAAAACAUAUAGAAUUAAAACUCAGAAUUCCAGUUAUUUUCUAUCCUGACCCUAGAUAUGUACAUGAAGAAUAGGAAAAUUUAUAAGCUCAUUAAUAAGAAGAAUAGGCUCAAUAAGCUAUAUAAGAAUCUCCUAUUUAAUAAUUAGAAGACUAAAAUAGUGAUGAUUAAAAUAAAGAUAAUUUAUCACAAGAAGAAAAUCAAAAGUAAAAAGAAGACGAAUUUAUUCACAAAUUUUAAAUGCCAAAAGAAUAAUAAUUAUCCAAUAAAGAUAUUAAAGAAGAAUUAGAAAUUGCUAUUGCUGAAGCGCAAAGAUAACAUGAUGAAUUAUAUGAGCAUAAUGUUAGUUUAUAAUCCAAAAUCAAAUAAAUAAGAAAUAAAUAAGAAGUUUAUGCUGAUAAAACUGGAGAAAUGACUAUGAAUGAACAUAAAUAUCUUAACACCUUAGCACAUGUACAUUAAAUUAGAUUAGACCUUUAAUAAACUUAAGAUAGAUACAACUAAAUGGCAUAAGAAUUACAAUCAAAAUUAGAUGAAAAAUCUAAAAAAUGUAAUGAAAUUAGAUAGGCCUUUAUGGAUCUAAAAAGAGAAGUUGCUCGAAAGGCUGCAUAUUCUNGGAAGAAGAGAGCAAAAUGAUGAAUAUGAUUAAGAUGAAAUAUUAAGAAAAGUAAAAAGAGAUCUAUUAGACAAUGUUAAUCGAGUUAGGAAAGAUAAGAAACUAAAUCCAUUAUAUAUUGAAUUGAUGCCCGCAAUAGUAGCAGAAAGAUUUGCAUCUUAUUUACUUGAUGAUAAUGAUGGUGAACUUGAUGAUAAAAAUCAGAAAAAUGAAUAUAAGAAACUGUAUUUUUAAUUUAAUUUAAAUAGAAUCGAUUUUUAUAAGUAUAAUGAAAAAAAAUUAGAUGACCUUAAAAUAAUAUAGAUAGUCUCUAAAUUUGAAGAAGAUGUUGUUCCUGAUGCCUAAGUUAUUUAUGACUAUUUUAUGGAAAUGGGUUAUCUAUUUUUUGAAGUAGAAGAUGAUAGAAAAACAUUACUCUCUAAUGAAAUGAAUCAUAUUGCUAUUGGUGUAGCUUGUGAUGAUAAUUAAAUUGCUAUUGUUUAUCUAGUCAGUCAUAAAGAUUUAUGUGUUACUAAAAUAGAAGAUAGCAAUGAUGGAUCUAUAUUAGUUCAUGGAAAGAUGCUUGAGGAUUUAGUUGGUGUUUAUGCAUUAUAAAUUCUACCUUUUAACAAUGAUAAUGCAAAAGUACCUGAUAAAAAUGAAAAUAAUAAAAUAGGACCAGAACAUAUUGAAUUUGAUAGAUAAACUAAAUGUUUCAUUGCUAAAAUUGGAAAUUAAGGAUAACCAUGCACCUAUGAUAUUAGAUAAUAUAUUGAUUUAUAUACCAGAAAUACACCAGAGUCUAUUCCUUAUAAAAAAAGCACAAGAGAAAAAUUGAAUUUAAAACAUAUAGAAUUAAAACUCAGAAUUCCAGUUAUUUUCUAUCCUGACCCUAGAUAUGUACAUGAAGAAUAGGAAAAUUUAUAAGCUCAUUAAUAAGAAGAAUAGGCUCAAUAAGCUAUAUAAGAAUCUCCAAUUUAAUAAUUAGAAGACUAAAAUAGUGAUGAUUAAAAUAAAGAUAAUUUAUCACAAGAAGAAAAUCAAAAGUAAAAAGAAGACGAAUUUAUUCACAAAUUUUAAAUGCCAAAAGAAUAAUAAUUAUCCAAUAAAGAUAUUAAAGAAGAAUUAGAAAUUGCUAUUGCUGAAGCGCAAAGAUAACAUGAUGAAUUAUAUGAGCAUAAUGUUAAUUUAUAAUCCAAAAUCAAAUAAAUAAGAAAUAAAUAAGAAGUUUAUGCUGAUAAAACUGGAGAAAUGACCAUGAAUGAACAUAAAUAUCUUAACACCUUAGCACAUGUACAUUAAAUUAGAUUAGACCUUUAAUAAACUUAAGAUAGAUAUAACUAAAUGGCUUAAGAAUUACAAUCAAAGUUAGAUGAAAAAUCCAAAAAAUGUAAUGAAAUUAGAUAAGCUUUUAUGGAUUUGAAAAGAGAAGUUGCACGAAAGGCUGCAUAUUCUAGAACAGAUAAAGCUAUUCCUGAUUUAAAAAUAACUGAAUGGGAAGAAUAAGAAUAAGCAAAAAAUAAAACUUUAUAAGAGUUAAGACUCGAUACAUUAAGAUUAAAAAAUACAUUAGCAAAAAACUAAAAAUAAUUAAAAAAGAAAGAAGAAUUAGCUGAAGGUUUACAUUUAAUUGAUUUUGAAUAAUUAAAGAUUGAAAAUCAAACCUUAAACGAGAAAAUUGAAGAAAGAAAUGAAGAUCUUCAUAAAUUGAAAAAUAAAAAUACUAAGACAGUCUAAAUGUUAACUCAUACUAGAGAAAAAUUAGGUUAUGUCAAAGCAAAAUUUUAGGAUUAAGAAAAAAUUAAUUGUAAUAUAUAAUAUGUAUUGAUUUUAGAAAAAAAAAAGGAUGAACUAGAAGGACUACGUAAAAACUUAGGUGAACAAAAAGAAUCUAAAGAUAAAUUAAGAACUGAAAAUCUUAAACUAAAACAAUAAACAGGGUAAUUAAAACAAUUUAAUUAGAAUUGUGAAUCGUCCUGAAUUAAUUUAAGACUAUAGUAAUAGAAAAAAAAAUAUAGAUUAACUAAAAGUUGAAUUAGAAUAAUUAGAGGUAUGAUUAUUUUUUAUAUUUAAGCAAAAACUAAAGCGCAUGCAAAAAAUUAUUGAUGAAUAUUAAAAUCACCUCAAGAAAAAGGAAUAAGAAUAAUAAAAUAAGCAAAGAGUUAGACUUAUAUGAC